UCCUAUACAUCAUCAUCAUCAUCCAUGGAUUCUUCUCCCCAAGGUUAUAGUAGAAACGUUGGUAUUUGUCUCAUCAAUCCUUCCGAAAAGAUUUUUGCAGCUUCAAGGUUGGAUAUACCCAGUGCUUGGCAAAUGCCGCAGGGUUUCAUAUUUAACGGAGAAGUGCCAAGAGCUUCCAGACUUGAAAUCAGAAUUGAUUUGAUGAUCUACCAUUCUGCAGAGGUGGCCUCGGCGGUACCUUAUUGGUUGACAUAUGACUUCCCACCUGAAGUCAGGGAAAAGCUUAAACAUCAGUGGGGAUUAGACUGGAAGGGUCAAGCACAGAAGUGGUUUCUUCUUAAAUUCACUGGGAAGGAUGAAGAAAUCAAUCUAUUGGGUGAUGGUGGGACUGAGAAAGCUGAGUUUGGUGAGUGGUCAUGGAUAUCUCUAGAACAAAUAGGUGAACUUGCAGUGGAUUUUAAUAAGCCUGUUUACAAGGAAGUUAUGACAGUUUUUGCUCCAUAUCUUCAGUAA